CCGAUCUCCAAUUCUCUUUCGUUCCACCAAAGAUCUUUGGUCCAGGGUUUACAUACGCAGAGAAAUCAACAGGAAAAAUUAAUCAAUCGUCGAGAUGGUGGAAGAGGAGAGGAAGAAGAGGAUGGUGGAGUCAUUAGGAUGGCUGACGGAGUCUUCUGUGAUGCCGAAGAAGCAUAAGGCCAUCGAAGGCGUAGGCGUAUCUUCCAUCCUCGAACUGAAGGCACAUCUUUACAAGUCCCAAGAAGAGGCGAAGAAGACCAAGGAAUUAGCCCCUGAUGUAGAAUUCCACCGAGCCAAGAAGAAGAUCGUUACCCAGAAUGUAUUCGCACAGAAAAACUCCGGUGUAGAAUCUCGAGCAACCAAGGACAAGCUUGAGCUGAAAGCAGUAAAUGAUGGAUCUGCCAGCUAUGCAGCACUAGAAAGGAAGGCGGAGUUAUAUAAUAAACUUGCAAAAGGGGAACUCUCUGACGAAGAAGAGAAGGAGAAGUACUGUGUGGACUUUUUCAGUAAGAGCAUUGAACAAGAGAAACAAAAGCAGCCACAAGUCCGUGAAACUUCCCCUGGAUUUUCAGCACAAAAUGAAGAUGACAUUGAUGAGUCUGUGAUGCUUAACACGAGAACAAUGGGGCCUGGGAGAACAGCUGGCACAUUAGAUUACUCUGAACAUAAGCGUUUUGUGAGGGAGGUCCAUGAAGAAGCAAAUGAAGCAAGGGAAAAGGCAUCUACUCUCAAGUUUCGUAGGCAAGAGCAAGCUACAGCUCGCAGGGAGAAACUAAGACAGGCCUAUCUUCGAAAACAGCUGGAGAAACUGAAAGCUGCACCGAAAACAGACCAACCAUGUAAAGCAGUGCCAUAAUGUUCCAUUGUUGAUGGGAAGGUAAAUACAGGUCUAUGUAGCAAAAAAUGUGAAGGAAUGCAUGUUGCGAGCACUCCAAAAACAUGAUAUGAGAUCUCCAUUGACUCAAGUUUCCUCCCUAAAUUAUGCAAUUUGAGGAGGAUGGAACACAGAAGUGAUGAUUGGUCACCAUUUCCGAUCAUAAUGGUACUUCAUGUACGCUGUACAAGGCCAAAAAUGGCCAUGCUUAUAUCUUACAAGGAAGAGUAGGAGAGCAGGACUGGUUAAAGCAACUGAAUAGACUUUGGUGUGCAUAAUUCAAAUCAACAGGACUGGAUCCUUAUCUGAGGCCAUUGUUUGGCAAGAAAUGAGUA